CCAUAAUUUUUAUUAUACUUGGUAUAAUAUUUGUAUUAUUUUUCCAAAUGGUGACACCUUGGAUGUACAGCAUAUCAUCACUAGAUAGAUCAUAUUUUAAGACAAGAUGUCCUCAGGUUAAAGAAAUCAAAAAUUUUAAUUUGGAAUCAAUGAUGGGAUUUUGGUAUGUUGUCCAAUAUUAUGCAUCUUCAGAGGAACUACCAGAGUAUGCUUGUAUGAGAAGUUAUUUCACUUUUGAUGAUAAUAACCGUCAUAACAAUGAGAAAUUGGUGACCAUGAAUUUUAGUUACAUUUAUGCUGAGGAUCCAUAUCGUGAACAAUUAAUAGGUAACAUUACAUGGAGAAUACCAAAUUUUAAUAUACCAGCACAUUGGGUGCAUACUGAGUAUAUAUAUGAAGGAGUCUACAAUACAUACGUUAUUGAUACUGAUUACGAAUCAUGGAGCCUAAUAAUGCAUUGUGCUGAAAAAUCAAAAUCCCCAAGAUAUUUAUCAGCACUUCUAUUAUCGAGGGAACCAAGUGUAGCAACUAAUGUUGCAAGUUUCUUAAGAGACAAGUUGCCGCAGUAUGAUAUUGACCUAUCAUUUAUGUUUGAUAUCAGACAGGAUGAGGAUAUGUGCGAAUCAGUGAAAAAUGUAAGCGAUCCAAUAUCGUUUUCAUUUAACAGUCAAAUUAAUCGCAAACGUAAAAUUUCUAUAAUUCCAAAUAAGUAAAAUAUGUUAUUCUAAAAUUCGUAUGGAAAUAAAAUUGUAUUUUUAUGUUAUUAUUAUAAUAUGUAAUGUGCAUAUGUAUGUAUAAAUAAAUUAAAAUUUGGAAAAGAAGUUAAAACACUUUGUCGUCUGAAUUUUUGUAUUAGAUCCACAUGUUAUUUAGGUGAUUACCACCGAGCAAACAAUUAUUUCGUAACUAUUUUUUAAUGGUUUUUUACUUGU